UCAAGGAUUCAACUCCAUGAGGUAAACGCGCCGAUGACAGCUGUAGACGAUGUGGGCAGCAGAACGUGCCAAACAAACACACAUUCAGAUAACACAGCGAGGAAAGAGAUGACAGUGCAGUUUGAACGCGCGAUAGAAAGAGAAGGUCGUAGCAGCAGCAGCAGCAGGGAGUACGCCGACGUGUAGCAAAAUUGCCGUGGUUUUGCGCCCUGUAACUUCACUCGGGAGAAGCAAGGAAUUGACUCGCUUGCUGCGUUAACAGUGUUGAAGCAAGGUAAUCAGCAUUCUGGAUAGGUAAAAUGGCACCUAAUGCAGCGGAACCACUAGCAAAACCUGCACCAUCCAGUUCAACCGGCAUCAAUGCCAUCCUGCUGGGACCACCAGGAUCCGGCAAAGGAACACAGGCGCCCCUGCUGAAAGAGAAAUACUGCGUAUGUCACCUGUCUACGGGCGAUAUGCUGAGAGCGGAGAUAGCGGCCGGCUCGAAGCUGGGCGCACAGCUGAAAAAGGUGAUGGAUGAGGGCAAGCUGGUGUCGGACGAGCUGGUGGUGGACAUGAUCGAUUCCAACCUCGACAAACCCGAAUGCCGCAACGGAUUUCUGCUGGACGGGUUCCCCCGUACGGUGGUGCAGGCCGAAAAGCUGGACAGUUUGCUGGAAAAGCGCAAGACGGGACUCGAUGCGGUGAUCGAGUUCGGCAUCGACGAUAGCCUGCUGGUGCGCCGCAUUACGGGCCGCCUGAUCCACCAGGCGAGCGGUCGAUCGUACCACGAAGAGUUUGCCCCGCCGAAGGUUCCGAUGAAGGACGACGUGACCGGCGAACCGCUGAUGCGCCGUAGCGACGACAAUGCGGAUGCGCUGGUGAAGCGGCUGGAAUCGUACCACAGGCAAACGAAACCGUUGGCCGAUUAUUACGCUUUGCGCGGGUUGCAUUUCCGUGUGGAUGCGGCCAAAAGUGCGUCGGACGUGUUUGCCAAUAUUGACGGUAUCUUUACGAAGCAGCGCGCCCAACGGUUGGGUCUGUAACUGUUGGAAAACUCCAUCCAAAGCUCCCUGAUGACUGACUGCAUUCGGCAAACACCCACACACACACACGGACACACGGACACACGGACACGGACACCGACUUUCGCGAAACAAUGCAACCAGCUAACUACCUGUGACUUCUCUUUUACAUUACCUUUUUAAAUUAACUACUUACGGACGCAUUUCGCGUUUGACGCAUUUCCCACCACCCCAACCACAAUAAAAACAAUGUCACAACUAUGACCUCUCGGAUAUGCGUGUGUGUACACAUAACCACACACAAACAGACACCGGUAGUAAGAGUAUAAAGUUCUUGUUGUUCAACAAUAAAAAAUGAGAAAAGCAAUCAACGACAAAGUGUAAAAUGAA